UGUUGUCGGACUUUGCACUUUUUCAUACACCACAUCUAUUGCAGCCCAUUCAGCGAGGAAUAGAUAGGCAGGAUCAUUAACUUUACUUCACAGCAAAAUUAUUUCUUGCAUGUUGCGUUAAUCAGUGCGGACAAAGAUACCAUACAAUGGCGGACAUAAGCCCAGCAACCAAGAAACGCCGAAGGCCCGCCCUGGCUUGCAUCGAGUGUCGGCGUCGCAAGGUCAAGUGUGACCGCAAUCACCCUUGCAGACGAUGUAUUCGAAAUUCCGUGGAUUGCACCUACGCGGAAAACCCUCCAGUGCCGAAAACCACUCGUGUCUCACGACGAGCCCGUGGUGAGGAAGCAGUUGACGCGGAGCAUACUGUCGAUGCAGGCGCACACCAAUCUCCGGAUAGACUUGGAGGGGUUCAUAUCAGAAAUAUAAGAAGUACUAUUAGACGCAUACCCGCUCGUGGAAGUCCUUCGAAUGAUGUGCAGAACGAGCCCGUCUCAGAAGAGCCUGCUGUGAGAACAUGGGAGGGGUCCCAACCACGGACACAUGCCGGAGGAAGCAAGACGUCAAAAGCCCCUUCGCACAAUGCCACUGUAAAUAGCCCAAUCCAUGGCACAUUCUCGAAGACGAGAGUGUUCGGUCCGAGUCAUUGGAUGAGCUCGUAUCCUGAGACGCGGAAACUACCAGCCUUGCAUCUGCUAAGUUCACUUGGUUUCACACCGUCACAGCAGGACAAUACUGAACCGAAUCCUGAAAUACGUGCAACGGUAAUAAAGUGCAAGCAGCUCGCUCGACAGGUCAAAACGCAGCGCCCCAGUCGAAGUCCGCUUCCUGCUGGGAUGUUUCAAACUUUUCCCAGUCCUUCAGUGACGAGGGACUUGUUGGGGCUAUAUUUUCACACCUUUGAGUCUUGCUAUCGUAUCCUGCACUCACCGUCGUUUUACGCAGAGUAUGAAGGCUACGUGGAGAAUCUGGAAGGUGCACCGGCACCUUUCAUAUUGAAGCUCUCGUUGGUGAUGGCCGUCGUGGCACCUAUCGUGGGUGAGGUUGUUUUACGACAGGAUCUGCGGAAGAGUGCUCUGGAUUGGAUUGACAUAGCCCAGACAUGGCUCUCAGGGCCCAUUGAAAAGAAUCGUCUCACUCUGGAUGGUCUCCAAAUACAUUGCCUACUUCUCCUUGCUCGCCAGACCAACUAUGUUGGGGCUGAUUUAACCUGGAUUUCUGCGGGUUGUUUAAUACGCAUGGCCAUGCAGAUGGGUUUACAUCACGAUCCUAAUAAUCUCGGAGAAAUGCCUGCGUUGGAAAAAGAGCUCCGAAGGCGACUGUGGUAUACCAUAUUGGAGAUCAAUGUCCAGAGUUCUUUGGAUGCCGGAAUGAUUCCCAUGGUUUCCGCUGCUGACUAUGAUACUCGGUUCCCCUUGAACACUGACGAUGAUGACUUGGUUGAUACACCUGGGAUAGAAUCUGCAGGAAAAGAGUCAACCGUACUUACACAAGCCUCCUUUCAGCUUCUACUGGCCUCUUCUCUCCCUCUUAGGUUGAAGGUAGUCGAGAUCAUGAAUGACUUGCAGAAACAGCCAUCAUAUGAUGAGGUGCUUCGUCUUGGAAACGAAAUGAUGUCAACUUAUAAGAAUGCUGCGGUCACAAUCAAUCAAUAUAGAUCGCUAGAGACCAAUUUGUGGCUCUCAGAAUUUCCACACAACCUCUGCGAUCACUAUCAUCGACGAUUAUUACUCCUUCUUCAUCGACCAUUCGCAGCCAAGGCUUAUGAAGAUCCAAUAUACAGUCAUUCAGCAGAAAUAUGUCUCGAGAAUGCUCUUUCAACGAUCUCUCUCCUCGACGACGAGAUAUACCACCGCCUCAUGGUUGUCGGAGGCGGCAUGUUUCGAGAGAUACUGACAGACUCUGCGCUUAUGAUAUUCCUAGAAUUGACUUCACGAUUCGAAAGCGACAAUGCAAUUUUCUCAAAGUCCAGGAACAAAGCUCGGAGAGAACCUCUGCUGCAAGACGCCCGAAAGAUCGUCGAGCAUGGAAAAGACAGAUUAUUAAACGGCGAAACAAACGUCAAGAUAUUAGUUUACUUCAGUGUGGCCAUGGCCCAGAUCGACGCCAUUGCAGAGGGUUCCCCUGUGAGGGACGCGGUUAAUAAAGCCGCCAUUGAAAGUCUUAGAAUGUCCUACGAUAUAUUAAAGUCCAGGGCUGAAAGCUCCUCAUCAGUGACGCAUACCCAGUUUGAUCUGGACUCCUGGACUGCUGAUAACGCGAUACUCACGCCGUCAGCCGGUGGGAUGGAUUUUGAUUUUCUGACCGAGUUCGGUAUGGGUCUUGAUCAGUUGGGUUCUUCCUUUUUUCAACAAUGGCAGGAACAUGCGCAGUUCUAGGUAUUGUUUGAUGUCUAGAUUAUGAGAAUGGCGUUUACACGACGUAUUAUGUACAUCUCGACGUAUAAAUCUCGGACCUGAGCAAUGCUCCCCGGAUACGAAGCAAUAUACAGGCCAAGAAAGCCCCUCAGCCCACUUUAGCACAGAUAGAGCUCGCGAGACUGCUCGGUUUGUAUCCAUCCGGUCCCAUUUCAGUUAUCAUAUGUUUCAUGACGCGUCCUAUAACUGGCACUUAAGACCGAGUUUCGAAUAGGACU